AUGUAUCUAUUCAACCGUGGCCUUUUUCCCGACAGCGACUUCCACAAGGCUACCAGGAUCGAAAAAUCUCAGUCAAUGGAUGCACUUCUUUUCAAAGCGCAAGCUUACAUUGCGUACAAGGAGAAGAAAGCCGCGUCCGCCCAGGAACCCAGGGACUCCGGCAUCCCUAGAAGCUCGAGGUUCGACGAACCUCCUCCCCGGAGAGGAGGAGAAAAACGAAAGGAAGACAGGUCCCGAGAAGCUAAAGAUCACAAGGGAGCUUCUAGGUACACGCCACUAAACGCUUCCCGCGAGCGUAAAUUGGCUGAAUGCAAAAGUAUUGAGUUUAAAGAUUCUGGAGUCCGCUUCCCCGAACCGGGUGCCACCCGACCAGGAAUUGAUAAAUCCAAAUGGUGCAAGUACCACAAGAGCUAUGGGCACCUUACCGAGGAUUGCGUCCAUCUUAAGGAUGCAAUCGAAACAAUGAUCAAAGAAGGACACAUUUCUAAGUAUGCAAAGAAGGGUGACGCUCCUCGGCGAGAAACUAGGAGACAAGACAAAUCUGAUGAUGACAGAUCCCCUGAUCCUUGGCCUGUCUUAGUCACCUUCUGCAUUUCAAGACCCGUGGACUUUCUACCUCCUUGA